AUGGUGACUUGGGCCCUUCUGCUUCCCCUGCUCGCAGCCAUGGCCCAGGCCCAGGUCUGCUCUGUGGAAAAGAGCUCCUUCGAAGUCAGUGAGAACACGAGUCCCGGGCAACUGCUCCUCAACAUCACCGUCCCUGAGGGCCAGCAGGUGACCCUCGGACCCUCGGCCACCCGUUUCGCAUUUCGGAUCCAGGGGACUCAGCUGUUUCUCAAUGUGACCCCGGACUACGAGGAGAACUCAAUGCUGGAAGCAGUCCUGGAGUGCAAGAGGGAUGACACUGUGGUGACCCAGCUGAGGGUGUUUGUGUCAGUGCUGGAUGUCAACGACAACCCACCCAGGUUCCCCUUUGUAGUCAAGGUCCAAAGGGUGCCAGAGGACACUAAAGUGGAUGCCGUCGUCAUCCCCGAGACAGAGCUGAAAGCCCAGGACCUCGACAAAAAUGACAUCCUGUUCUACACCCUCCAGGAAGUGACCCCGGGUGCCAGCGGCUUCUUCUCUUUGGUGGGUGCGAACCGCCCAGAGCUGCGGCUGGACCGGUCACUGGACUUCGACAGGUGGCGGAACAUGACUUUCCAGCUGCUGGUCCGGGACACGCAAGAGGAGAACGUGGAGCCCAGCCACACGGCCACGGCCACCUUGGUCCUGGAGGUGCGGCCCUCCGACCUGCGGCCCCCCUGGUUCCUGCCCUGCAUGUACUCUGACGGUUUUGUCUGCAUCGAAGCCCAGUACCAUGGGGCUGUGCCCACAGGCCACACACUGUCAGGACCCCUCGUCCUGCAUCCUGGGCCCAUCUACGCCGUGGACGGGGACUGGGGCAUCAAUCAGCCCAUCGUGUACAGCAUCAUCAGGGGAAACGAGAACGGCUCGUUCUCCAUUGAUGCCGGCACAGGCAACCUCACCAUGACCAAGAGCAUCCCCAGCCCCAAGACCUUCCUUCUGCUGGUCAAGGGUGAGCAGGCGGAUCGCGCCAGGUACUCGGUGACCCAGGUCACAGUGGAGGCCCGGGCUGCCAGCGGGAGCCCGCCCCGCUUCCCCCAGAGCCUGUACCGCGGCACCGUGGCGCUCGGCUCUGGGGUGGGCGUGGCCAUCAAGGAUGCAGCUGCCCCCUCCCAGCCUCUGAGGAUCCGGGCCCAGGAUUCUGAGUUCCCAGACCUCAACUCGGCCAUCACGUAUCGGAUCACCAACAACUCUAACUUCAGAAUGGACGGGGAGGUCAUGCUGACUGGUGCUUCACUGGUGCACGCCGGGGUCUUCUAUGCAGAGGUUGAGGCCAGGAACAUGGUGACCUCAGGCACAGCGACCACGGUCGUGGAGGUUCAAGUCUCAAAACAGGAACCCACCCCCACAGGCCCCCCGACGUCCCCAGAGACAGCAGGAACAACCAGAGCCUCCAGCGGCACCACGUCGGAAGCCCCUCGUCCCCCUGAGCCCUCUCAGGGGUUCUCCACUACCAGCUCUGUGGGGAACAGCAGCCCACACCCCUCCUCAGGCACAGCUCUGAGGCCUCCGGCCUCCUCGACGCCUGGGGGGCCCCCCAGUGCAGGAACUAGCCCCUCCCCCCCAUCAGCCUCACCCAGUGGGGCCUCAGCACAGACCUCGAAGCCAGGAACCUCUCUGCCAACGUCUCCUGGGCCCAGCAGGACCCUCCGGCCCUCAGCAGGGACGCCCGGGACCGGAGAAAGCAGCACGGCAGUGAAUGGCAGGCCAGUCACAGGCCGCGACGAGGACCGGCGCUUCUCGGUGGUGGAGAUGGCGGCGCUGGGCGGGACGUUUAGCGCGCUGUUCCUUCUGGCUCUCAUCGCCCUCAUAGUCCUCGUCCACAAGCACUACGGCCACCGACUCAAGUGCUGCUGUGGCAAAGCGCUGGAGCCCCAGCCCCAAGGCUCUGACAACCCAGCCUUCCUCAACAACCCCGACGAGGCCAGCUGGGCGCCAGCUCCUAGCCCCUCACCCAGUCCCAUCCCGCCGGCUCCCCCAGAGCCUGCACCCCCAGAACCCAAGCCCUCCAGCACGGAGACCCUCCGCCGAGUCGCCGAGUCUCCUGCGGUGGCCCUGGAUGGGGACGGCCCGGCAGCCGUGAGGUCCAUCCUGACCAAGGAGCGGAGGCCUGAGGGUGGCUACAAGGCGGUGUGGUUCGGCGAGGACAUCGGGGCCGAGGCCGAUGUGGUGGUCCUCAACACGCCUGCCUCGGAAGUGGACGGUGCUGGCGACGAGGGCAGCGAGGGCAGCGGCGACGAGGGCGCAGAGGCGGGCCUGCGCGGGGGUGCCCAGGACGCGCCUGGCUCCAUCUACCUCUAG